AUGGAUGUUCAUGGAGGUCUUAUUCUCGUCAUCGUCAUCGGUCUUCAAUCGAUUGAGUCACUCGAUAUAACCUGUUCUACUACAUACGUCUCUACCUCGACAGCUCCACUGCACAUAUCAGAUACGCACAAUUAUAACAACUUCAAGAUGAAGCUCUCCAUCUUGCCUGUCGCUGUCACCCUCUGUGGACUUGCAGCUUCUCUCUCGGCCAUGGAAGCGCCUCUAUCCAAAGAGUACGAUUUCUGCUCACGGCGCCCCGAAUUCGACUACUGCGAGAUCACUGGAAAAUACGUCGUCUGCGAACGCGGCAAGCCUACCUUUUACACCUGCGACAGCGGAUGCAAGUCUCAGUGCUUCGUUCGCAAACCCUGCGUCACGCGAUGUGACAACGGCAAGCUCAGUGGCCCUCCAGACUGGGCUCUCUAG